CCCCAUUCAACCAUUGGUCUUUAAUGUUGGUGUGUUUUUACUACUCUGUUUAGUAAAAUAAAGGGGGGAGUUGCAGUUUACAUGCAGUAAACACCAAAUUGCUGUACAGCUUUUAUUUUUUAUUUUUGUUUUAACACGUUUUGACGGAAUAGAGAAUGCCUAAAAGAAAGAGUGGAGCUGAAGGAGAUGUCAAGGAGGAGCCCCAGAGGAGAUCUGCUAGGUUAUCUUCAAAACCAGCACCUCCUAAGCCAGAACCAAAACCUAAAAAGCCAGCAAAGAAAGAGAAGACGGUAAAUGACAAGAAAGAGGACAAGAAAACUACAACAAAAGGGAAGAAAGGUGCAAAGGCAGAGGCAGAAGCAAAUGAGGAAAACCACUCUGAAAAUGGAGAUACUAAGACAAAUGAGGCUAAAUCUCCUGAAAACUCAGAAGAUAAAGAAGCCAAGUCGGAGUAGCAUCACUAUCCCUCACCUGUUGCUGUUGUGUGGUACCCCAGUGUCCAUAAUGUAUUGUAGACAGAGGAAUAUUUUUAUCAACAAUUUUUUAAAUACCGGUUUUUAGCACAAAGCUAAUUAAGGAAGACCUUGGAGCUUGGGAAUGUCAAAUUUACUUUAAAACAAAAAAGAAAUAAAAUCAAUUUUUAUUUUAAAAUAAAACUUUGUGAUUGUAAUAGUUUGUAUGGAUUAGGGAAGAAAUUACAGUGAUAGGCCUGUCAUGAGUGAACCCCUUGCCUCCCCAAACCCUACCGGUGUCUUUUAAUUCAGUCUUUGAUAUAAGCUUUCCCUUAAAUGUGGACUUUGUUUGUUUCAAAAAGAAAUAUUGCAACCUUUUCAACAUUCCAGGAUGUUUGUAGAGAUUUACCUUUUAAUCAGGUAUAAAUUAAGCUUGAUAAGAACAUGAAAGAUUAAGCUAUAAGGCAGGGGGUGACAAUUUUUUUUUUUAUGAUUACAUAAUAUCAAUUAAAAUAUGCAGCUGUCUGUGUGCUCCCUCUAUUUUAAACAUUUAUUCUGGAUGUAUGUUAAUAAAAUGACUCCUUGAAAUUUUC